UAACAAAAAAAAAAUUCUCGAUUGAAUGUGAAUUAUGAUUUUCGUGAUGAUCAUGAUAAAGUUUUUAUUACAACUUUUGCCACCAAUCGUUGUACUGAUCAAAGCUGCUGCUACUGCUGACGAUGUCAAUAUUGAUCAAAAUCAUUCAUCACUGUCAAAUAUGACAAAUGAAUACACUACAAUGUCAACAGAGAUCCAAAAUGGUCACAUUAAUAAUACGCCAAAUCGAUUGCGAUCACAAUAUCAAAAUCUUCGGAAACAUCCAAUGAUAAAUGAGACGUGUAGAGAUGAAAGCAGUGAUAUUCUAUACAUUAAACAAGCUCGUGCCGAUAUUCUAGACUGUUGUUUACAAGUAUUAUCAUGUGAAUGUAUCAAUCGUCAUUGUCAACAUGAUCCGAUUUAUGUUGAUGGAGCAUUUUGUAAAUUCACACGAUCACAUCCAUGUCAGCCGAGACCUUAUUGUGUGAAUUUGGACGUCAGCUACAAGAAAUGUAUGGCUCUGCCAGAAGUGAAUCGAUUGUUGCUUAUUAUAUUGAUUGUAUUUGGUUCGCUAAUUGCUUUUUCCAUUCUAAUAUUGAUUUGUAUAAUUGCCUAUAAAAAAUACAAAGCAUAUAAUAAAGCAAAAAAACAUGGUGGUGGUACCACAUCACAACCACAACUAGAAAUGGCAAUCGCAUCAAGUCCGAAUGUCACAAGUCAAGUGAUGUAUGUGUCUUCCAUACAGCAACCAUCGCAGGUCAAUCAAACACGAAAAUCAAAUCGAAAAAGUCGAAAAAAUUCAUCUAAUGCACGUGAAUGUUCUGGUGGUGCUGGCAAGUCAUCAUCAUCAUCAUCAUCAUCAUCGAGCAAACCAUCAACUUGUUCAUCAGUGAGUAAACCAUCGACAUCGGAUUUUGUAUCAUCAAAAUCAUCUCAACAACCUAAUAAUGGCCAAAAAUUUAGCAAAGAUGCAAUCAAAAGUUCUCUUCAAAGAGCUGUAUUAUGAAAAAAAACAAACAAUAAAAAAUUAGUAAUCAACAA